AUUCCUGUCUGCUCUGUCAUAGUGUAGUAGUACCUGAGUACCACUGGAAGUAGAAAGAGAGAGAGAGACCGAGAGAGAGAGACAGAGAGAGCGUGUGUGUGUACGGAUAUUAGUGUACGAAUGUAUACCUACUCCCCCUCCCACAUCAAUACCCGUCAUCUCCUCCCUACAUUCCACGACCUCUGCUUCUUCCCAUCAAAACUUACACCUUUGCAGCGCAUACAGGCCAAGCCGUCUGUUUUCCUGCACUUCCCAACUCUUCAACUGACUGUGCCAUUGUAACAUCCGACAGCUCGAUACCGACGAUUACACCGCUCGACAAGCACGAACUGCCAAUAGGUGAAUCAGACAAGACGUCAACAACCAAAGAACCCGCUCGACGUAGGGACACACUCGUGACUUUUUCCCCCCCCUUUUCGGUUGCGAUUUCUGCUCGGGGAAGCAAUACCGCAAACCAACACGCCAGAGGCGCACUUUCGAACACGACCGUACCCCUCAAGGGGUCUUUUCCUGCUUCUGCCAACGAACGCACCUCAGAACCAGCCCAUUGACCUAUCCUGCCCGACACCCGCCGUUCGAGGACACGGCCGAGGCGUCGCAACGAGGAAGAAAGCGGAGAGAGAGAGAGAGAGAGAGAGAGAGCGAAGGGAAGGGAAAGAGACGAACGGAGAGACAGACAGACAGACAGGACUGCUGGACCGAACCGGACCGGACACUGCGUCUUUGUGUUAGUUACCCGGACUUCCGCCCUCAUCAACGAGGCGGCCUCGAUUCCAGACGACGACUCUCCCUCGAACAUCCACAAACGCGCACCCUCGCAUUUGCACCGCCGCCGUCACCGUCGCCAGUUAUCCAUGCUUCUCCACGACAGCAAUCAGCAGCAGCCAUGGUAAUGCUGAGCGACCAUUCCAUGCGUGCCAGCCUCCAAGUGGCGCCCUUGAAGCUUCACAAAUCCCGAUCCUGCGAUGCGCUGGCCUCGAAACAACAACAGGACCACCACCCCGCCUCGUCCACCAAGUCCUCGUACACAUCGACACACAUGACGCCGCCCGCGACGCCCAAUGGCUCGCAGGAAGACCUGGCGGCAGCUGCGGACCAGCAGAUGCCGCCGCCCGUCUUCCACAACUUUUUGCGAGCCUUCUACCCCUUCCACCCGAGCUACGCCAUGACGGACUCGAGCGUCACCUUGCCAUUGAACGAGGGGGACGUCAUCCUUGUCCACUCGAUCCACACCAACGGCUGGGCUGACGGGACCCUGCUGGUGUCGGGCGCGCGAGGAUGGCUGCCAACCAACUACUGCGAGGCCUACGACCCGGACGAGAUGCGGAAUCUGCUCAAGGCCCUGCUCAACUUCUGGGAUCUGCUACGCAGCACCUCGGUCAACGACAGCGAGAUCUUUGGCAACCAGGAGUUCAUGAAGGGUAUCAUUGCCGGUGUGCGCUAUCUCCUGGAACGCACGCAUUGCCUGACAAGGGAAUCAGCCAUGAUCACGCGCAACGACAGCCUGAGACGUGCGAGAAAGACGCUGCUCUCGGAGUUGUCGGCCCUGGUAAAGACGGCCAAGCGGCUGCAGGAGGCUCAGAAGGGCGUCGCCCGGCCCCGCGAGGACGUCAACGACAUCAUCGACGAGAUGAUCCUCAAAGCCUUCAAGAUCGUCACCAAGGGCGUGCGCUUCUUCGACAUCCUCGAGGACGACCGGCGGCAACGGGCUCCCGCCGUGACGGUCAUGGCUACCGUCAUCGAGGAGACCUACAUCCCGCCGACGCCGCCGGCCGAUCACGUCGAGUUUGUCGACGAGAACAAUAACAACAACCACCACCACCACCAACACCGUAAUCAUAAUCGCAGCAAGACAGGCUCACCGCGUAAACAGACCAACGGAACACCGAUCCGGGGCACGCCCUCACGGCAAGGGGAGAUUACAACGGCAGCGACAGCAUCAGCGACAACAACAGCAGCAGCAGCAGCAUCAACAUCAGCAUCAAGGCCGCCAUCGUCAUCUUCCUCGUCGUCCACAACAAACGCCCCGACUGGCAGCAGAGGCCUCUCUACCGUCGGCUCCCCCUCCAGUCCCAAGUCGCACAGGAUGUCUCAGAACGUCAAACGGCUGUCGGCCAACAUCUCGCACCGCGUCUCACUGGCCGGCCCUUCUCCGCUGUCAAGGCCGCAUCAUCUUGUCUCGGAACGCCUCAACAAGAGCCACGACACCUUUCUGUCCCACCUGGGCUCCUUCAUCGGCCGUCUGCAUCUGCAGUCUCAGUCGCGGCCCGAGCUGGCCUUCGCCAUCAAGCUGUCGGCCACGUCGGGCGGCGAGCUGCUGGCCGUCGUCGACGUCGUGUGCGGGCAGAGCACCAACGCCGAGAUGCUGGCGCGCGCGAGGGACAUGAUGUUUGAGCGCAUCCGCGAACUGGUGAGGGCGGCCGGCCAGAUCAUCCGCUACGCCGUGUUCCAGGACGCCGACGUCAUCAUGCCCCAGGACAACAGCAUGCUGCUGAUGGCGGCGACGGGCUGCGUCAAGGCCGCCGGCGAGUGCGUGGCCAAGACCAAGUGGGCCAUCGAGCGAGUGGGCGACUUUGAGUGCGAGUUCGAGGCCGGCGACCUGGGCAUCGACCUCGCCGUGCUCGACAUCGGCGGCGGCCCGGAGCACCACGGCCGGCGUCCGUCCGUGGCACCCUCGGUUGCGGAGACGGCGACGACGGAGGCGACGAGCGUGGCAGCCGGAAGAGAGGGGGAAGAAGAAGAAGGAGAACAAGAACAUGGAAAAGGGUCUUCUUCGGCGAGGAGCGCUGCUGACUCGGCGCAAUCUGCUGUUGUGCCGCCAACGCCCCACAGCAACCAACAACAUCAUCAUCAUCACAACCAUCAACAACGGCCCAGCAUCGCCAACGACAAGCCGCUGCCUCAACUCCCUCCGGCCGUCGCUGCUGCCGCCGCCGCCGCCGCAGCCUCCGGGUCCGGGUCCGGGUCUGAUGCUGCCCAGCCGGCUUCUCUUCUUCACCGGGGACGUCCUUCAUCUCAGAACUCGUCGUCGUCUGCUCACAACUCGCGCCCUUCGUCCGUCAACAACGACGGCGUCUCGAGUGUGGCGUCGUCCGUCUCGUCGAUCCGCCCGACUCUGCCGCCUUUGCCCAAACUGUCCACAUCCCUGCUCCCGGGAGAUGAGUACAGCCCUAUCGACAACACAAACCAGGAUGGCGGCGACUUCCACGGCAGCCACAACAACAACAACAACAACAACAGCAGCAGCAGCAGCAACGGCUCGUAUAAUCGUGCUGACAGUAUAGCCGUGUCGAGCGCCGGCAGCAGCACCACCUAUCUCAGCCGAGACUCGGAGGCCAGCCUCGUGUCGCAGACGUCGACGCGCGCAACGACGCCGGACCACGCCCUGGGCUUGAAGCUCAAGCCCUCCAUGUCGGAGCUCAGCAACGCCGGCAGCGCCAACAACAGCAACAGCAGCAGCAGCAACAACAACAAUGACGAGGUGGACGAUGUCGAGUCUAAGAUGCUCGAGAAAACGUACGCUCACGAGCUCAUGUUCAACAAGGAGGGCCAGGUCACGGGCGGCUCACUGCCUGCUCUCGUCGAGCGCCUCACGACGCACGAGUCGACGCCCGACGCGACCUUUGUCUCGACCUUUUACCUCACCUUCCGUCUCUUCUGCAGCCCUCUCAAGCUGGCCGAGACCCUCAUUGACCGCUUCCACUACGUCGCCGAGGCCCCUCACAUGGCAGGCCCCGUCCGGCUGCGCGUCUACAACGCCUUCAAGGGCUGGCUCGAGUCACACUGGCGCGACGAGACGGACCGCGAGGCCCUCGCCCUCAUCGAGCCCUUUGCCCAGUUCGAGCUCGGCGCCGUGUUGCCCUCGGCCGGCCGCCGUCUCCUCGAGCUGGCCCAGCGCGUGUCCAAGGACAUCGCUCUCGUGCCCCGCCUCGUGUCGUCCAUGGGCAAGACCAACACGUCCAUCGCCCAGUACAUCCCGGCCGACACCCCUCAUCCGCCGCUGGCCGUGACCAAGGGCCAGAUCAACCAGCUCUUCGCCUGGAGGAACGGCGGCAGCAACCCGACGGUGCUCGACUUCGAGCCCCUCGAGCUGGCCCGCCAGCUCACCAUCAAGCAGAUGAACAUCUUCUGUUCCAUCAUGCCCGAGGAGCUACUCGCGUCGCAGUGGAUGAAGAAGGGCGGCGUCGACGCCCCCAACGUCAAGGCCAUGUCGGCCCUCUCGACGGACCUGUCCAACCUCGUGGCCGAGACCAUCCUGCAGUACUCGGAGGUCAAGAAGCGAGCCGCCGUCAUCAAGCAGUGGAUCAAGGUCGCCCACCAGUGCCUCGAGCUGCACAACUACGACGGCCUCAUGGCCAUCAUCUGCAGUCUCAACAGCAGCACCAUCAGCCGCCUCCGCAAAACGUGGGACUUUGUCUCGGUGAAGCGCCGCGAGAUGCUGCGCACGCUGCAGGCCAUUGUCGAGCCCGCCCAGAACAACAAGGUGCUGCGCACUCGCCUGCACGACCACGUCCCGCCCUGUCUGCCGUUCCUCGGCAUGUUCCUGACCGACCUCACCUUUGUCGAUAUCGGCAACCCGCCGACGAAGCAGAUUCCUACCCUCAGCGGUGGUGGCGGCGGCGGCGGCGGCAACGGCGGCGGCGGCGGCAACGGCGGCGACGGAUCCGAGGAGAAUGGCGGCGGCCUCACCGUCGUUAACUUUGACAAGCACACGCGCACCGCCAAGAUCAUUGGCGAACUCCAGCGCUUCCAGAUCCCCUACCGGCUCACCGAGGUCCCCGAGAUGCAGGACUGGAUGACGUCGCAGAUUGUCCGCGUCCGCGAGAGCGACCAGGGCCAGGUCAGCUACUACCGCAAGAGCCUGCUCCUCGAGCCCCGCGAGAUGGCGGCGAUGCGGCCUACCCUUGAAUCCCAGACCAGCUCGGCGUCGACGAUGACGAUGUCGACGGCCAUGACCCCGACGACGACCACGUCGUCAUCGACGGCUUCUUCCGUCACCCAGCGAGGCGGUGAUCUCUUUGGCUGGAUGAGCCGAGACCGUGGCGCCUCGACACCGACGCCCACUCCGUUGUGAUUAAAGAUGAUGGAGGAGAGCAAAGCAACACCCCCCCCGGCCAGCCCCAACGCCAACCAACCAACCAACCAACCAACCAACCCAUGGCAAACCCAGCCCGCCUUCAUGUCUCGAUCGACUGAUAUCUUUUUGAUCCCCCCAACGGGCCAAGAAACAUCAUUUCCACAUUUCCGGCGACAUACUUUACAAUCACCCCUUAUUCUGCUUCACUUUUGAUACCCCAUUUUCUCGCCUCGCUCCGAGACGUUUUAUGUCAUGAACGACGUUUUAUUAUCCUCACGAUGACACUGAAUCACACGCACACACACACACACACACACGCAAACACACUCAUACACACACACACGCGCGCGGCGUUAAUCUGUUUAUUUGCGCUGUUUGUUUUUGUCUGGGCUUGAGGGACCGCGUCGCAACACCGGCGUUAGGUCUACGGCUUUUUGCCACGUUCUUGGGAUGCUGGGUAGGGCAUUUUCUGGAUUGGAGACCCGAAGCAAUUGUCAUCCCAACGUACUUUUAUUGGAUCAGCUCAACAUUCGCUCAACGGUCGGCUUGGAAGGACCACUUGUUUCUCCUUUUGUAGCUAAUUUCCUUUGACACUUGGUAUCGCCCGAGACGGUUUCGGCUAGAGGGAAUUUGUAAGCAUAAUAGCCUAGGCUUUGGUGCCUAUCCUGGGACACCGGUAUCACAGCAUGUAUUGCGGGCAGGCUCUUGAACGUGGGUUUGGGGACACGGUGGCGGCGGCGGCGGCGGCGUUCAAAAGGCCCAAAACUGUACACUGUAUAUGUAGGCUAAUGCUGUAAGACGGCUUCUCACGACGGCCAAGACAGACAAAAUAUC